CUACUUAAAAAUCAAAAAAAAAAUCCAUCUAACUUUUCUUCGUAAAGGUAUUUAUAAAACGAGUAAGAAACCUAGAAACUUCAUCUCAUUUAGGUCAAAAUCUUAUAAUGACCAAAACAACGAUCGAAUCAAUGAGUCUAUGCUUAUACAAUUACAAUAUUAGCAAUUUUCAUAUAUAGAUUAAUUACUAUAAAACCAAAAGUCACACCAUGCUUUUUGCUUUGACAAGCUUUCUUAUCUUCAUUCACAUGCAUCUCCUACCUCUUUCUCUUAGUGUUGACUUUUAAUAACCCCAAUAUGCUUCGGUUUCCAUGUCUUAUAAUUAAAUAGCUGACCAAAACCUCUCUAUAAAUUCUCUUCUUCCUCCUCUAAAACCCAUCAAACCGCAGCCGCCAUGAACGCCUUCCAACCGCCGCCGCCGACGCCGGAUUACAACGGCCUGCUCGGUCCUGACGAUACAGGAGGAUUCAGAUACGGGAUUGGAGUCUCCAUCGGAGUGCUUCUCCUCAUCACAACCAUCACCCUCGCCUCUUACUUCUGCGCACGUAACCAGCACUCUUCAGAAACAGAUCAAGAUUCAACACAUGUCCAUCACCACCACCAUGUCAUCAUUGACGUUGUCCCAGGUCUGGACGAGGACACCAUUCAAAGCUACCCGAAGAUCCUCUACUCGGAAGCGAAGAGAAGCUCCACGUCGUCGUGUUGUCCCAUUUGCUUAGGAGACUACAAGGGGAAUCAUCUGCUGCGGCAACUACCAGAUUGCAAACACCUCUUCCACCUCAAAUGUAUCGACACGUGGCUUAGACUCAAUCCUACGUGUCCUGUCUGCAGGACUUCGCCGCUUCCUACUCCUCUCCCCACUCCCCUCGCCGAGAUUGUUCCCUUAGCCUCCUCCGUCGCCACCACCAGGAUGUCAUGAUUAUUUUAUUAUACUCCGAAGCCAAAAGUAGUGUUCAUGAUAUAUAUAUAUCUUCUUGAAUUUUUCUUUAUUUCCUUGUAAAGUUUUCAUUUUUGUUCACUAAUUUGAUCAUCGUAUAUAUUCUUUGAAACCAAAGAUUUGUAAAAGGAAGAAAACUAAGGGUAAUUUUACAAUUUUGUUGGAUAGGCUGCUUUGGUUUUUGUUUUAUUUGGUAAACAAGUUGAAUUCUAUGCCAUGAAAGAAUAAUGAAAGUCGUUUUGAAAUAUGUUU